UCCACUUAUACCGGUCGUCUAUUAAGGCCUGUUUCUGGUCUGCUCGCGAGAGCAAUCUCCGAGCGCAUAACAGCAAGUGCAAACAGUGAAAAGGAUUGACUCGAGAAUCGUAAAAAUAUCCCUAACCGUUAUAAAUGCAAAAUUAUACUUCAACAAUCUUUUAAAUAUCGACGAUUGAUCCGUUGCCUGUAGCACACUCAAGGACGAUUCAAAAUGAGACCACUCCUUAGCCUAAUGGUGCUGGCUUUUUGUCUCGGAUUUGUUUAUUCAUUAGUGACAUGCGGCCGUUCAUUAAAUCGUGGAGGCAAAAUUGUCGGUGGAGAAAAGGCUCAACUGGGGGAGUUUCCUUGGCAGGUGGUACUACAGCAACAUGGCGGACAUAUUUGCGGCGGGUCAAUUUUAUCAGAGAACUUCGUCAUCACGGCAGCCCAUUGUGUUCAGGACACUCCGUUCGUUUAUACGGUCGGUUAUGGCUCUCUUGGGAAGUACGACUUUUUGUUGAAGGAAUCUUCUGUCAAGAGUGUUCACAUUCAUCCCGACUGGAACCCAAAUCUGGGACUUUCAAACGAUAUCGCACUUCUCAGAUUGUCCCAAUCGGUCGCGCUGAACGAAAAGACGGCAGUGCCCGUCUGUUUGCCUCCUCCUGGUUACGAACCACUGGGUAACCUAAAGAUAUCGGGCUGGGGACGGGCCACUGAAAACGGUUCGGCCACAGUAGAUCUUAUGUUUACCUCUGUGCCAGUAAUCCCAAAUGAUCAGUGUGCUUCUCGUUAUCGUGGCGUGUAUAAUGCCACCUCGAUGUUUUGCGCAAUGCAGCCGGGCGGUGGAAAGGAUUCAUGCCAAGGGGACUCAGGAGGUCCCGCCGUAAUCAAACACGGAGGGAUCAGCUACCUUGCCGGAGUGGUAUCGUGGGGUGAAGGUUGCGCGCGAAUUGGAGCCCCAGGAGUCUACACCCGCACAACCACAUUCACUCCAUGGAUCGAGGAUAUCGUUGAAGGAUUUGGUAGUACAAAGGAUCUUGAGCAGAUUCGUUCAACGCUAAACGACGAAACUCUUAUAAGGAUAAAGAUGGCUUCAAGGGUACCAGAACCUUACCUAACUACUACAAGCAUAACAGGUCUUAUUUGGGAACAACUACCUGCGAUUAAUGAUCCUCUAUCGAAUAUUCAAGAACAGGUUCCUGAAUCUAUUUUCAGUAUGGCCUCACAUAUUGGUAAUGCAAUCGGGUCAAUUUCUGGAAGUUUCGAAAACCGUACCAUCGUCCGCGGCAGUGUGAAGAAUUAAUAAAGUGAGCAAAUGUUGCA